GGGUUGGGCGCGUGAACACAGUCUCAGUAUCGUCCGAACGAGUGCACUAGUUCGUUCUAGAAGGGUCGAUUAUCAUAAGAUAAAACCCCCUAUCCAUUUUUAGGGUUUUAUUAUCUUCAUCGUUUCAACCCCCAUUCCUCACACACUCUAACCUCACUCACAUAUCUCUCAGCUUCGCCUGUAUUAAAGUGUACUUAUUGCAAUCAAUGGCCGGCGCUCAGCUCACAGCAACAGCAUCUUCAAUAGCUACGGCGUCGUUUGAAGGGCUUCGACCUUCGGCGCUUCAGUUUCCUUCCCGUGUCAGAAUUCCCAAUCUCUCCCAAACCCCCUUUCGUGGUCUUGUUGUGAAAGCCGCCGCUGUCGUUGCCCCUAAGUUCACUGCUAUUAAGCCUCUUGGUGACAGAGUACUGAUAAAAAUUAAAGAAGUGGAGGAAAAAACCAAUAGUGGAAUUUUGCUUCCCCCAACUGCUCAAACAAAACCUCAAGGGGGUGAGGUGGUUGCUGUUGGAGAGGGAAAGACAAUUGGGACGGCCAAAGUAGAUAUUAGUGUUCAGACAGGCGCACAAGUUGUGUAUUCCAAAUAUGCUGGUACUGAGGUGGAAUUCAAUGGUACAAAGCAUCUUAUUGUGAAAGAUGAUGACAUUGUUGGUAUCCUUGAAACUGAUGACAUCAAAGAUCUCAAACCCUUGAAUGAUAGAGUCCUCAUAAAGAUUGCAGUAGCUGAGGAGAAAACUGCUGGCGGUUUGUAUCUUACAGAGGCAACCAAAGAGAAACCGUCGAUUGGAACGGUGGCAGCAGUUGGUCCAGGGCCCCUGGACGAGGAAGGCAACAGAAAACCUUUAUCUGUGUCUCCUGGGAACACCGUUUUGUACUCCAAAUAUGCUGGAAAUGACUUCAAGGGCAAAGAUGGUUCUGAGUAUAUUACCUUGAGGGUCUCAGAUGUCAUGGCUGUCCUCUCCUAGGAACAACUUGUUUGGGUUUUGUAACGUAAAAUUUUUGUGUUCAUCUCGAGGAAAAGUGGAUUUUUUUUUUUCAAUUGUAAUGACUUUUGGAAUAUAGUUGAUGGCAAUCCGUUCCUUAGACUAUCUGCAUUAUAUUUGGAUUUGAUACACUCCUGGCGUUGAAUUAAACUCUGCAAUUAC